UGGUGGGCUUUCUGUUCUGUGGGCUCAGCAACUUUGUUUCUGUGCGUGUAAUCCCCUCUCUCUGGGCACCAGCAUAUAAAAGCAACAAAGGGCCGGGUCCCUUUUCAGCACCGUCACCUUCCAGAGUCCACUCCUGUACGCACACAUUGCCGCAGUCAUGUCUGCUGGAGGAGAGAAGUCCAAGUCUGCUUCCCAGACUGAUGGGAAAGCUGCUCAGAGCAAGAAAUCGGAGAUGGGCAUGACGUCCUACAAGAUGUGUGUGUACGAUCAGGAGAACUUCCAGGGCCGCUGCAUGGAGAUCAAUGCCGAGUGUGUCAAUGUGUGUGACAUGGGCAUGGACAGGGUGCGCUCCCUGCGCGUCCACUGUGGGCCCUUUGUGGGCUUUGAACAGAUGAACUUCUGUGGAGAAAUGUUCAUUUUGGAGAGAGGAGAGUAUCCUCGCUGGGACUCCUGGAGUAACUGUCAGAAGAAUGACUACUUGCUGUCCUUUAGACCUGUGCGAAUGGACCCUGAGAAGCACAAGAUCUGUCUGUAUGAAGUUGGAGAGUACAAAGGUCGCAAGAUGGAGAUCAUGGACGAUGAUGUUCCCAGCCUUUUCUCUUAUGGUUUCACAGACAGAGUGGGCAGCAUCUUGGUCAGCUGUGGAACCUGGGUUGGUUAUCAGUUCCCUGGCUACCGAGGCAGUCAGUACGUGCUGGAGAAGGGUGAUUACAGGCAUUUCAAUGAGUUUGGUGCUCGAUGCCCUCAGAUGCAGUCUAUUAGACGCAUCCGGGACAUGCAGUGGCAUCCACAUGGCUGCUACAACUAAAGACCGGCGAGAAGGAGGGCCACCGGUGGAAAGUGGUCAAACCACGCACAAAGAUAGAGGAGGGAGGUAAAAAAAGUAAAGGUUCCCCUCCAAACGUGUUUUCAGUUUUUCAAGCAGAAUAUAGGGAUGACUAUACUAUGAUGCUAACAAGAGAAAUCAGAAAUCCUAGAUUAUAUAGACUCUCCAUUUUUGUUCUUCCUGUCUCACUGUCUGUUUGUCAGCUAUGGGCUUCUCACCUUCCCCUCUUCUCCCCCCUCCUCCUUUUCUCCACCUCACAUUCUCUCUUUUGUGUUUCACCUACGUCAACCAUCACGCAACCCAUUGGAGCCUGACUGAGGGUGAACAGGUUUAGAUUCGAGCUGCUUUGUGUAAAAAAAUGAGACGGAAGAAAGCAACAAAGAGACAACUUGUGGCAAAUUAUCUGUACACAGGAUCUAUUGCCAAAUCCUCCAACUCCAAUAAAGCAUCUCAUAUUCUGCUUCA